AUGUGUUUUAUAGAAAGAGCAGAUAAUGAAGACUUACAAAAUCGACCAAUUAUAUCUCAAUUGACACUCAGCAUAUGGUAUUGUUUUGGUAACAUAGUUGGGUAUGGUGUAGAAUUUAAUGCAAGUACAGCUGCUGGACGUUUUUUAACGGCUGGUUUAUAUAUACUAAGUUUAAUAUUAGUAGCAUCAUACACUGCUAAUUUAGCAUCAGAUCUGACCAUAGCAAAAUCACAAUUUAUUAUAUCAGGAAUAGAUGAUAUUAAAAAUGGAAAAGUACCAAUACAUCGCAUUGGUAUUCGCAGCGGCACAGCUAGUGAAGAUUACUUUAAAGCAGAAAUAUAUGGAGGAAGUGAAAAUUUUUAUCCAUUAAAAAGUCGACAACACUUAUACGAUAGUCUACUUGCCGGCAUUAUUGAUGUUGCCUUGUCAGAUUCAGGAGUAGCUGAAUAUGCCACCAAUAAUAUUUAUUGUAAUUUAACUUUAGUUGGUAAUGAUUUUGAUAGAGGUGCUUUUGCUAUUGUUAUUCCUAAAAAAUGGGCAUAUGCACAAGAUUUAGAUGUUGGUAUAUUAUCAUUAAAAGAAUCAGGUAAAAUUGAGAAUUUACGACAAAAAUGGUUUCAAUCACAAUAUUGUUCUGAUUCAACAACAACGAUAACAACAACAGCCAUUGAAAUCAAAGCGACUAGUGGUUUAUUCGUUACUUUUGCAAUUACUACUUUUAUAUCAUUAUUAUUAUUUCUGUGGUCUAAAAGAUAUAAUAUUAAAAAUUAUCUAUCACAAUUUAUAAGUAAAAAGGAAUCAUCAACCACAAAAGAAUACAUACAAAGAAAUUCAAACCAAAAUUCUGAACGUACAUAA